AUGGGCUUGGAUUUUAACAAAGAAGAUUUACAUGAGAAAUUUCUGGAUCUGGUCUUUGAACCAAAGAAAAAUGUUGAUAAGUCUGAGCUCUCCUUGGUAACAACUUUCACGGAGUCGUCCAAAUCAAAUGAAACAAGAGCUAGUUUGAAUUCUUGUACGGAUGCCAGUAUAAUUGAGCACGAAACAGAGCCUGAAACUAAGAAGGGCUUGGAUACUCGUACUCAUAAGACAAAUACAUUAUGUUUAUUUAAUCAACCAAAGUCGAAUAAAUCGAAAAAGACUGAAAAUCUGACUUCAACUACAAAAAUGGAAACCAAAAAACUUAUUACACCAAGGGUUUUUGAUGGUAAAACGACGAUGCAGUUGGAAGAACGAAGCAAGGCUAAGACUAUCAGUAUUCUGCGUGAAGGUGUAUCAAAAACUCAGCCACAGUCACAAAUAUCCAGCAACUUUCUGGCAGUGUCGUUUUCAGAAUUAAUCGGGCAGGUAGAAGCUACAAAAUGCAACUUGGAAAAAGAAUUGGAUCUUACUCGAAGAAAGUUACUGAAGGUGGAAUCAGAAAAACUAGAGAGGGAUCAGAAUAUAAGAAUCUUGACAGAUGUGAAUGCUCGAACUAAAAGCCAAGUUGAAGCAUUGUUCAAACAUGUAACUAGAUUGGACUCUGAUUUUAAUGAUUUAAGGCAUGAGAAAGACAAAGCAGGAAAGAAAUACCAAAAGAUUAAGGAUGACACAAAUCGUUAUAAAGCUAAAGUAGGUGAGCUUUCUUCUAUCCUUGAUGAAUCAAAGCAAAGUUUGAAUUCCAUGAGAAUGCAAAUGCAAGUACAUUUUAAGGUCAAAGAGUUGGAAAUACAACAGAAAGAUGUUCAGCUUGAUGAGAUAUCUGGCCUAUUGUCUGAGGAGAAAAUAAAAUUAGCUGAAAUGCAAAAAAUGUCAUUUGACUUGUCACAAUGGGAAUCUAAAAUGUUGGAAAUGAACCAAAAUUUAGCAACAGAUAUAUCUGAUCGGUUUUUUAACUCAAUUAAACAGUUCAUAGGAUCCGAAAAUUUGAACAACAUUUUGGAAAGCAAGUUUCAAUUUAUUGAGAAAGAGUUUAAAAGUUUUUUGUCAAACGAAAUCGGGUCAAAAGUAGCUGAGUUGGGAGCAGCUUCACUUGAUAAAAAUCAAAGAUUAAGUGUUUUGGUAAGUACUGAAUUUGAGAAAGCAGCUAUGGCUGGGAUUGAAAAUCAUGCAACAACUAGAGACUAUUUGCUUAAACAAUUUCAGGCCAACAUUGGAUUAAUACAAAAAGGUGCUUUGGAUGUCCAGGACGUAAGACUUGAAUACGAUCAAAAAUUUAAACUGUUGGAGUCGAAGAUUACUCAUUUGGAAACAAGGAAAACGCAAUUGGAGAGAGAGCUUUCUAGUCAUAAAAGUUUAUCACACGAUAAAAUAUUACAUUUAACUGAAAAGCUGCAUGGAUUACAAGAACAAUUAGCUAUUGCUAAACAAAAACUCAUUGAUUGUGAUUCCACUGCAGAAAGACUGGCACUUAAUAUUUUACAAGCUCAAGAAGAAUUAGAAGCAAAAAAGGUCUUGUUGCAUGAAAAGGAUACUAAAUUUUAUGAGUUGCAAAAGAAUUUGGAGUUCCAACUGUUUGCCUUGCAGUCAAAAGUAAAUGAAGAAAACAAGAACCGUUUAUUCUUUAUCGAAUCGAGAAAUUCAUUGUCAAAAGAAGUUAAAGUCUUAGAGUUGGUUAUUAAGAAUCUUACCAGAGAUUAUGAAGCCUGUCAAAGAGUAAAGGCAACUGAAACUUUGGAAUGUGAUAAAUGGAAGAUCAAAUACGAUGACAUGAAGGAGCAAAAUGAUUUGUUACAGGAAACACUAAGGAACUGUUUUGCACAAAAUCAAGAAUCAAAUGAUACUGUAUCACAACUCAUGCAACAACAUGUGGAGCAGUUGAAUACAAUAAAGAGUGAAUUGAAUGCUGAACGCAAAAAAACAACAAGUUUGGAACAAACGAAUUUGAAAUUACAAUCAGAAAUAGAAGCCAAAGAGUUGUCCAUGAAACUGGAAGAGGAUAUUAAUUAUUGUAAAAGGAUGUUUGAAGUAGUUGGUGAAACUUUAAAGAAUGAGGAGGCUGUAACUAAGGGUUUGGAAGUUCAGAUCAAAGAUAUUUCAGAGUUCAUGAAGAAUAGUAAUAUGAUCUAUCAGCGUGACUUCAAAGAUUUGUAUGAAACUUUGAGUUCACUAAAAUCACAAUUAAAACAUUCCAUGGAAAUAUCAUCCUUUAGAUAUGAUAAUAGCAGUACUUUGGAAGGUCCUAAAGUAAACACUGAAAGGCAAGUUUUGCUACCCCUGACAAACCAAAAUCUUAGAGGCCAUAAACCUGUGGGUGUCUCUGAACCGUCAACCAAAACAACCCAAAGAAUUAAAAGUAGAAAGAAAAUACCAAAAUCUAAAGAAUUGGAUAUCUCACAAGAGCCUUAUAAAACACACAGGAAGCACACAAAUAUCGAUUCAAACUUGGGAGCUAACCAAUGCAAAGAUACUAUAACGUUGGCAAAUCUGCUGGAUCAAAAGGAAUUGGAUUUGAAAAGUAGGAGUUCUCAAAAGACUUUGAACAAACAAAUUGCUGAGGAUGUGUUUUCCCUCUCCCAUAUUACAAGUUCACCUCCUUCUAAGAAGUCCAAGAAAAAAUGA